UGUCCUCCUACACAAAUACACAAAAGCUCACGUGUACUCCUUCUCAUGGUUGACACCAAUUAAAUGCACUGCUUUUCUUCGGCACACUGACACAUUAACUAAAAUGAAUCAUUUUUAAAAGCAAACAAAAGCCCUUUUCAGUUACUCAUCACAGAAUGCUCGCAAUGGCUGAGCAUUAACACAUCUUUCACAUGCUCCAAACAGUAAGAAGCAUGGAGUUUAACUGCUGAAUAAGCUCUGCGCUUUUUACUGCUGAUACUAGGAGGCUAAGGUCAACCUGAAUAUUCCUUUGUGGAACGAGGAAGUAAAACUGGUUCCACAGCUUGAAACCUGUUUCGAUGAAACUGUCUAAAAUGUCUAUAUUUACACACUCUUGUAAGACAAGAAUCAGUACUUAUGAUGUAAUGUAAAUAACCCAAUAUAAGGGUGUUUAUAGCAAAUCAACAGCAAAUGUGGUAAAUGAAUACGUCUCGGACACGUUUUUCAUACCUUUUGAGCCAUUGGGAGGUGUAGCGGUAUCAAAUUUCAACAUUAACACAGAGGGUGCUAUGCUGUCACUGUAAAACAGGUGGAUGGGGGAGGAGGAAAGAGACACUAAAUAUCUUGUAUUCAUCAUUGCUUAAAUUCAACUUAAACGUUGACUAAAUAUUCAGCGUUAAAACAUGUUUGUUAUUUAAAAUAAAUAUCUAAUAAAUAUAGCCUAUAAAUCAAAAAUAAAUCAAAUAAAAACUAUACAGACAGUCAUAAUAAUAAUUUCUUGUACUAAAAUAACUAAAACUGAUUGAAAAACAAUAGGCUAACAAAUAAAACAAAACAAAAUAUCUACAUUUUACUCAAAAUUAAAAUGUAAAAAUAAAAACGAAUUCAAAAUAUUAAUAAAAACUGAUUUAAAUCUUGAUGAUCGUAAAAUAAUUGCCCAUAUGGAAUAUUAUAAGUGUCGGGGAGGCUGUGGCUCCUCCUCUCGCUCCUGUGGGCGGCCUUGAGUGCAGACGUACAGUUGGAAUGAGUAAACAUUUCCCUGCGCUGUACCUUACUGAAGACGGAAAUGUCAAGAGAGAUCGAUUGGUGUUUAGUGUUGGAUCGAUAAUCGAGCUAUUAACCUACUAAUAGGGGUUCUUUGUCUUUGCGUUAAGAUUGCUUGUAAAGUUUUGUUCCAGCAGUUUAUCUGUUUGUAGUCUGAAGUUGAUAGCUACAAAGUAUUAUGCCAGGGUUAGAUUUAAAGUUUCUGGAGAGACCGAGGAGGACGUUUUAUUGUACUCUGUGUGAAAAGCCGAUGCGGGACCCCGUGCAGGUGUCCACCUGCGGACACAGAUUCUGCGACACCUGCCUGCAGGAGUACCUCAGUGAAGGUGUGUUCAAGUGCCCAGAGGACCAGCUGCCACUGGAUUAUGCCAAAAUUUUUCCAGAUGUGGAGCUGGAAAAGCAGAUUCUUUCCCUGCCCAUCCGCUGCAUCCACAGCGAGGAGGGCUGCCGCUGGAUCGCACCGAACAAGCUCCUACAGGCCCAUUUGUCCGUGUGUGAGUUUAACGUGGUGUCGUGUCCAAACCGCUGCUCCGUGAAGCUGCUGCGACGUGAACUGCCGGAGCACCUGCAGCAUGACUGCACGAAGAGAAAACUACACUGUGACCACUGCGGUGACAAGUUCACUGGGGAGGCAUAUGAGAAUCACCAGGAUGUUUGUCCAGAAGAGAGUGUGUACUGUGAGAAUAAAUGUGGUGCUCGUAUGGUGCGGAGACUCUUGGACCAGCACUCUGUGUCCGAGUGUCCCAAACGCAAACUGCCCUGCAGAUACUGCAAAAAAGAGUUCCUCUAUGACACUAUUCAGAAUCAUCAGCAGCAGUGCCCAUGCUUCCCUAUGCAGUGCUCUAACAGAUGCGGCACACCAGGAAUCACUCGAGAGACUUUAAUGGCACAUGUAAAGGAAGGAUGCAGCACUGCGAUGAUGCUUUGCCCGUUUAAGGAGGCUGGCUGCAAACAUAGGUGUCCUAAGACUGCAGUGGAACAGCACCUUGAGGAGGACACGAACACCCACCUCUCUCUUCUUGGUGGUCUGGUGAAUCGCCAGAGGCUGGAGCUCAGGGAACUCCGCCGAGCAGUGGAGGAACUCUCUGGAAGUCGAGAUGGCACGCUGCUCUGGAAGUUCAAAGACUUCAAUCAACGGCUACAGCAAGCAAAGAGCAGGACUUCAAGGAAUUUGGAGUUGUUUAGUCCCGCCUUCUAUUCCCAUAACUAUGGGUACCGUCUACAAGUGUCUGCCUUUCCCAAUGGCAACGGUAGUGGCGAGGGCUCAUACCUGUCAAUCUACAUUCGCGUUCUGCCAGGAGAGUACGAUGGGCUGCUGGAGUGGCCUUUCCCUUACCGCGUCUCCUUCUCGCUCUUGGAUCAGAGCGACCCGGCGAUCACUGAACCUCAGCACAUUACAGAGACCUUCAACCCAGAUCCCACCUGGAAGAACUUCCAGAGGCCACGGCCUGGAGCUCUGGGAAAUGUUCGUGCGGGUUGUCUGGAUGAGAACAUGCUGGGCUUCGGCUACCCAAAGUUCCUCUCCCAUGAGGAGAUGAGGAAAAGGAACUAUAUCAGAGACAACGCUAUUUUCAUUAAAGCCUCCAUAGAUGUUGUCCAGAAGAUACUGAACUCUUGAGUUCUGAAAUAAUGUGAAAAAUGAGCACUUGUGGCCCGUUUUGCUUAUAUUCAAAGUAAAGAUGUAUAUAUGUUUUUUGUUUAAAUAUAAUCAGGGCUUUAACACAAAUGAAGGAUUUGAUACUGAGAAGGAUAAGAAAUGCAAAUUCAGUGUCAUUUGCAUGUAUUUUUCUGGAAUAAUUUUUUUUUCAAAUAAAUAC